AUGGCUGCGAUGGCGUCCCCAUUUACCUUUCUUAUGGUCUUAUCGACCCCAAGUACUCUAUUCCGGCAUUGGACUCUGGUCCUCUCCGUGGUUACACUUCUCUAUAGUAGCUUUCUUGGACCACUGCCAGUUGUGGGAGAACCAGCUCUGAUAUUGCAUUCUAUGCCAAACCAUUUUCCUAUCGGCCCCAUUUCUAAUGAAACUGCCGCUAUCAAGACCUUGGAUGAUCCUACUUUUGUAGACAAUCCUCUUGUUACCAUACCGUUGCCAAAUCUUCCGAAUAUUGAAAAAUCUACUGCGCUUCUGACAAUUGCAUCUCAGAAUGAUUCCAGAUUUGAAUCAUUUUUGCUUCGAAUAACAAGUGAAAGUGGGGAAAAAUAUCGCAACCUAAUGGAAGUUAUAAUCUUCGCAUUUUUGGGAGUAACUGUUACCAAUCUCUGUGCGGUAACAGGUUUUAUUUGCAUCCCCAUCCAACGUUCAAAGUAUUUCAACAGUUUUAUUAACUUUAUGUUGGCACUGGCAGUUAGCGCCCUCUUUUCUACAGCUAUUCUGGUUCUACUUCCAGAGGCAAUGCGAAUGGCAGAUAUGCCUCUGGAAUUUGGUGGUCAGGGUCAUUCCUAUCUCCUGAAAUUAAGUUGUGUUCCUACUAGUCUUCUUAUCUUUUUCUGCAUCGAAUACAUCCUCCUCAUUUUGCCUCGAUUGUCAAAGCUGCACAUAUCCUCAAAUAACAGGUCCGAUACUUCUCAAGAGUCCACAGUCAGCCUCGAGAAUCCCGUGUUUUUGGGAAGCGGCGAUUCAGUGGAAUCUCAAUCAACCACAUAUUCUACGCAACCCAGUUCGAGCUGUAUGGACUUCACUGUCAAGAGUUUAGUCAAAAUCGCUCCGAUGGCUUGGAUGGUUCUUCUGGGUGACUCCAUCCACAACUUUAUGGAUGGAAUGGCCAUCGCUGUGGGUUUCACUGAAAGUCCCACCGUCGGUAUUGCCAUCUGCUUGUGCAUCCUCUUCGAAGAGCUUCCUCAUGAACUUGGUGACUUUGCUGUCCUCAUCGCUUCCGGUUUCUCUAUUAAAUCGGCUCUCUGUGCUAACUUUACUUCUGCCUGCACUGCCUAUCUAGGACUUACCAUUGGUCUAAUAAUUGGUGAGAUGUCUUCUGGUGCCCUGUAUGUUUUUGCAGCGACCUCUGGCGUCUUUCUGUACAUCAGUCUUUCGGACAUGUUGCCCUCUAUUCGUGAGACGCUGAAAGAGGCAGAAAAGAAGUCUGGGUCAUCUUUAAGACUGUUCGUGAUUCAAAUUUCUGGUUUAAUCGCCGGCUACGCGUGUGUCCUUGGAGGUCCCGUUUCCGCUACUGAUUUUCAAACCUUCCAGAGUGUCGAGUUCUCUCUCGGUCCCUCCUAA